AUGUUUGGCAAAAAGAAGAGUUCAUCUGUUGGGUUCAAUCCUUUUAGCAGAUUUGAAUAAGAAAAGCCAAGCAUAAGUACUAAAAUCAUCAACAAAUUGAAAAGCCUGUUUUAAACCAAUUUAAAUCCUUCUUCUUGUAUAAAAAGGGAACUAAUAUCUUAAUAGACAAUUUAUGUUCCUGUCGAUUUAGAUAUUGUCGGAGCAUAAACUAUUGAACAUGGUAACAUUAAUAUUGAUUAAGAUUCCAUUCAAAUAUGUCAUUCCCAGAGUAGCAUUAAAUAAAGAAGAUACAAACCCACGAGUUUUGAUGAUCAUCUCAAAGAAUAAUAAAAAUAAAUAAAAUUGUUAGAUGAUUUCAACUAGAAGCUUUAAAAAAAAGAAGAAAAACACCUAAAAAAAGUCAAUGCCUUGCAAUAGAGUUUCGAUCGUGUUUUACCAUAAGAUAUCCAUAUCACUGAAGAUAAAAAGGACAUUCAACCUAGAAAAAAACUUAGUUCUCAAUAAUACAAAAAAAGAAAGCUUGAUUUGGGCAUCCAAUUUGUAUAUAAGAAACAUGUUUAUGAUUAAUAUUAGGAUAGUAUAGAUGAAAGUAGAAUAAAAGUAAUCCCAGAAUAAAUGAGCGAUGAUUCCCUUAAAAAUAAUAGUCUCCUUGCAGCAGAACUAAAAGUACAGCCAAAAAAUAAAGAAAUCAUUAUUAUUUCAUUAGAAAAUCAGUAAAAACAAGAGCUUGAACCUCCUCUUAUUAAUGGAAUCAAGGAAAAUCAAUCAAAAAAGUUAAGAAAAUCCUCAUCCAUGAUUAAUUUGAAUGAAUAAGAGGCUAAAUCAUUUUCUUGCAGUCCUAAAGAACUUGAAAAUUCACAAUCCAGAAAACAAUCCGAUCUCAUAAAUAUAACUAAGUAAGUUGAACCAUUAAUAAAUGAAGUCAGAAAAGAAAUAAAAAAGAAUGAAAAGUAAACUGAAUUUUCAGUAUAGCCACAAUAGACUGUGAUCAAUUUCUUAGUUCAAGGAUCUGGGGAAUAAUAGAAAAUUUAAACAACAAAUAACAGCACAUCACAAAAAAAGGAAGUUCCUGAAGAAGUUAAGCAAACUGAAGUAUAAGAAAGCCAUAUUAAUAAUUUUUCAGAAACUCCUUUGUUUGGAUUUGGAAAGAACAGCAAUGGUCCAUAAAUGAUUCCUUAUAAAAUCAAUGUGCAAUCGUCUUUAUUUGCGUUUAAUGAUUCUAAGGACUAGGAUGUAUAAAAAUCAUCUAAUAAUUGUUCAGGCUAGAAUUUAUUUUAAAAUUAAUUCACUUUCAGCUAAAAUAAGUCACAGCCUCAAAAUUCUAUUGUAAAUAAUAAUAAAGAAUCUUCUGAUCAAAAAUAAAAGGUUGAAGAAAGUAAAUAAACUUAUAGUCUUUUCAACAAUACAUAAGAAAGUUAAAAUGAUUAGUUUCCCCUUAAAAAAUAGCUUUUUUAAAACUUAACUUAUCAAUCCUAAUCUACUUAAGGAGAAUAGAAAGAGGAAAGCAAAUAGAAUCAGCCUGAUGAUAGCAAUUAAAAGCCUGAUAUUGAAAAUACUUAGCCUAUUUCUAUUGGCUUAAAUUUGUAAUUGAAAUCAUCAUCUGAUAAUAAGAAAGACAUUUAAUUCAAUAUCAAUAGUUAACUAAAUUAAGUUGGUCAAUAAACUCCUUUUCAAAUUUUAUAAUAAUAGCCACCCAAAAAUGAGAACAAUAAGACUGAUACUUAUACUCCUGAUCUAUUAAUUAACAAAGUGGCUACUCCAGCCAAACAAAUAAGCAAUCCUUUUCUAUAAUAAUCACCUAAAAUUGAUUAAGAAUAAAUAAUCGACUAUUUUUCAAAUCAUUUAUAAUAAUAAAAUAAUAUCAAUUAGGAUGAUCCUGCUAAAGCAUAGAUCUCCCAAUUUUCAAAUGAACUAUUUCAAUAAUAAAAUAUUGGCGCUUCUAUGUUUAAUCUUCAAAAUAGAAAUGCAUUUUAAGAAAGUCUAAGUAAUAAUAUGAAAAUGAAUAAUAAUGGUGUUAAAAACGAUAUGGAAAUCACAGAUACUCUAUUACCUUCAUAAUAAUUCUAAUAACCUUUGUAGACAUAAAACACUUUUGGAUCUUUUAAUUAAUCUCAACUUGGAACCAAUAAUUUCUUUCCAUAAAUGCAAUAGCAAAUUUCAGGUGGGUUUAACCCUGUGUAAUAUUUUUAAAAAAACCCUUUGUAAUAAAAUGAACAUUAACCUUAAUACUUUUAACUCCAUUAAACUAAUGGUAUAUUCGCUUAGGAUCCACCUAAGUAAACAAAUUAAUCAUAAAGUUUGAAUAACAGUUUUUCAAGUAGGAAUGGCAAUAAGAAAUAAAGAAUAGAUCAAUGAUUGAAAUAAUUAAUUUAGCUAAAAUAUAAUUAUUAAUAAUAAUAAUAAUGAAUAAUGUAAA